AUGGAGCUAAUCAUGACUGGGCGAGGGGUGACAGAGGAGGAGGCAGCAGCAGGCAGGGCGUCGUGUGUGGCGCUGCGGCAUGCACUGCAGCAGCAGCUGAGGCAGGCUGGUGCAGAGGCCUUCAUCGCCCCUGCUGCCACCGGCUUCCCUCCACCCCUCCAUCAAGCAGGCACGACAGGAGAUCCCAUCAUGUCCAUCCCCUGGAGCCAUGCGGGUCUGCCCACUGUCACCCUGCCAGUCGCCCUCGCACCUGCUGCAGCUGCUGGCAGCACUCGGGAGGGUGGUUCCGUGCAUGAAUGCAGCGAGGAGAGUAAUGAAGAGUGCAGCAGGGAGGGCAGCAGGGAGUAUCUUCCACUGGGAGUCACGCUGGUUGGGAUGUGGAACGAGGAUGAGACACUGUUGGACGUUGCAUUGGAGCUUGAAGGCUUUUCUGAUUGCACUUCACCAUUGUGA